AAGUUUCCUGCCAGCAGUUUAGAGAUUGGGGUGUUUCCUGACUGACGCACAUCUCCUCACACUUCUAUAAUUUUACUCUCUCAACUGAAUGUGAAAGAUUUUAGAUGGAGAUGACUGAUAAUUCUAUUUAUUCCGUAUUAGAGUUUUCUACCACACCCCAGGCCCAGAAUGACUCCAGACCACAGCAAAAAGCUUCUUCCAGGUCCCCUCUCUCUUGCCAUGUGGCAGUAGCUUUGGGGCUUCUGAGUGCCAUUCUAGCAAGUUUGCUGCUAUCCCAAUGGAUUCUGUGCCAGGGUUCCAAGCCCUCCACUUGUGCCAGCUGUCCUAGCUGCCCAGACCUCUGGAUGAAGUAUGGUGACCAUUGUUACUACUUCUCAGUGGAGAAAAAGGACUGGAAUUCCAGUCUGGAGCUCUGCUUAUCCAGAGACUCACAUCUCCUUACGUUUACAGACAACCAGGAAAUGAGCCUGUUCAAAAGUUUCCUCGAUGAGGAUUUUUACUGGAUUGGUUUGAGGAACAGUUCUGGCUGGAGGUGGGAAGAUGGAUCAGCUCUAAACUUCUCAAAGAUUCUUUCAAACAGCCCGGUACAGAAUUGUGGUACCAUCGGCAAAAAUGGUCUCCAAGCCUCUAGCUGUGAAGUUCUUUUACAAUGCAUCUGUAAGAAGAUCAGACUUUGACGGAUGGUCAGAUCUGUCAUAUGGCUCCCUAUAAAGGGGCAGCUGGCCUCUGGGUGUUGGAAUAGCCAUGAGCAUAUGUAUAGUGAAUGCUGAACCUUCUAGGAUAUGGCAUUGGAUGUAAGAUUAACACAGCUUCCCCAGGGUUGAUGGUUUAUUGCUGGACUCUCUUGGGAGUGUUUAGAUAUUAUCUUAACGGUUUAAAGACCAGAUCUAGGCAAAUUUGUAACGUAGAUAAAGCUUGUUUUUGGAAUUUCUCCCUCUAGUGACUAAUGCUACUUCCUUCAUCCCCGCCCCCACCAUCUCCGUCAAAAAUGUACCUUUUCGAUGUAAUAUUCUCAGCUGAUCUAAUGAAAUCUGUGCAAAUAUAUACUAUUGCUAAUGUACUAGAGGGUUUUUAUGUGCAUUAAUGGUUUGACAUGUUAUUUUCUCUGAUAAUAUAUUUUUAUCCUCACAGUUGCCCUUUGCAGAUAAAACCUUAUUCUAAAGAAUAAUGUGAAUGGUGAGAAAAUAGCUGCAGAAAGUGGAUGAGAGCAGGGUGGUGCUUUCUGCUUCUCAGCUCUUCACACUUACUAGAGACCUAGCCUAGACUGAAUUUAGUUUUUCUGAAUAUGCAUAGAUGUGGUGGAAUAAAACAAUGUGUGACUAUAUUUUUUCCAUGUUGUGAAUGUGUGAUUUGCAUGUUGGUUUUACAACAGUGGUCUAUUUGAUAAGGCGUUUUUAUAGAGGAAAAUUUACAGAAGCAGUUUAUGUGGUUGAUCCUCAAAUUAUUUUAGGCACGAAUGCCUCAAAAAUGAGAAAAACGUUAUUAUUUCUCUUUAGUAGGGUUUGGACAUAGAUAAAGAGGGAAGAUGCUGUUUAAACAUGUAGGAGGGAGUAAUGAAGGGGACCAUAAUUCUGUACAGUUGAUGACACUGAAUUGUAAUCUGUUUACUUGUCUUUCUCUUUUGUAGUUUUUUAGGACAUGGACUGUCCUAUCCACCAUUGUAUCUCAGACACCUAAAAUAGUGCUUGUAUCAGUGAAUAUUAAAUAAAUAAAUGGAUUA